UACACAGUUGAAUCUCACUGAAUGUGGUCAGUUUCUUGGCAGACCGUCAGACACACAGAGCUGAAGCCAGUGGGAGCUAACGCAGAAUGGAUUUACAACAAAUUCAGACACUAGGACUUAUUUUCUGUGUCUCCUGUCUCAUCUUGUAUUUAAGCUUGAAGAGAUUUUGGAGAUAUGAGAACCUUCCUCCUGGACCAACACCCAUUCCACUGCUGGGGAACGUCCUUGAUAUAGGAGUAGGAGGUAUAGUGAAAUCCCUGCUGAAACUCAGAGAGAAAUACGGUGAUGUGUUUACCAUCUAUCUUGGGUCCCGUCCAGUUGUGGUUGUCACUGGAUAUAAAUCAGUGAAAGAAGUCUUUUUAGACAAUGGAGAUGAUUACUUAAAUCGCGGGGACAUACCAUGCUGGCAGCCUUUCUACAAGAAUAGUGGACUGGUAUUUACCAGCAACAUGGAAAGGUGGAGGACGCUCCGUCGGUUUACCAUGCCUGCUCUGCGUGAUUUUGGCUUUGGGAAAAGGAGCACUGAAGACCGUAUUCAGGAAGAGACAAGCAGCCUGGUGGCAGAGCUGAAGAAUACUAAAGAAUCAUUCUUUGAUCCUCGGCACUGUUUCAGCAGAGCUAUUUGCAAUAUUAUUUUCUCCAUCAUGUUUGGAAAUCAUCACGAAUAUGAGGAUGAGGACAUAGAUAAUGUUUUGUCUUAUGUAAAUGAAUCAUUAAUGAAUGUCAGCUCAGCCUGGGGACAGAUGUAUGACAUGUUUCCAAGGCUGAUGAAAAUGAUUCCCGGGCGCCACCACAGGACAUAUAUUCUACUAAAGAAGCUCAGCCAGUUUGUAGAAACCAGAAUCCAAAUGAACUUGGAAUCUUUUGAUCCUGAUAACCCGAGAGAUUAUGUUGAUGCUUUCCUCAUUAAAAUGGAAAAGGAGAAAGUUAACCCAGACAGUGAAUUUAACAUGAAGAAUUUAUUGGCAAACACCUUACAGAUCUUCUUUGCUGGGGUGGAUACUGUCAGCACAACACUGGCCUAUGCUGUCUUAAUUUUUCUGAAACAUCCUGAUGUCCUUGCCAAAGUCCAUGAUGAAAUUGACCGUGUCAUUGGCCGACAUCGCAGCCCAGCUUUGCAAGACCGGAACAGCAUGCCUUAUACUGAUGCAGUGCUCCAUGAAAUUCAACGGUUCAGUGACCUGGCUCCAUUGAGUUUACCAAGGAAAACAAUAAAAGAAGUGAAGCUAAAAGGAUACACACUUCCAAAGGAUAUUGAUGUUUUCCCAGUACUGACAUCUGUGCUGAAAGAUCCGUCCUGUUUUAAGUACCCGACAGAAUUCAACCCCGAAAAUUUCCUCAACGAAAAGGGAGAGUUUCAGAAAAAUAAUGCCUUCAUGCCUCUAGCUGCAGGAAAGAGAAACUGCCUCGGAGAGCCCCUGGUACGAAUGGAACUGUUCCUCUUCCUUAUCACCAUCCUGCAAAAUUUUAACUUGAAGUCCUCUGUGCCACGGGAAGAACUGGACCUGACACCCGAUGUAUCUGGACUGGUGCACUUUCCCAAACCAUACAAAGUCGCCUUUGUCCCUCGUUAAAUACUAAAUUGAGCUCAGAACAUUAAAAUGCCCAUUCCAGAUUAUUUUGAAGUAUACUAGGUUUGCUUGUGGAUAAUUUAAGGUAUAGUCUUUGCUUGCUUCAUUCAUAAUGUAGUGUACAAUUAAUCUAAGUAUAUAUUUACAUGUGUACAUGUGUACAGAUGUGUCCACAUACACCUUUCCCCAAUUUAGCCGUAUGGUCAAAUUAUCAAUGCAAUUUAAUCUGCGAUUUAGCCAUGCCUUGUGAUUCUACUUACAAUAUGCUACUUUAAUCUGCUACUUUAUACAAAUUGCUGGUGGAGCAUUUUAGCCAUGUUAAGCAUUUCUAUAUAUAAUAUUUGAUUGUCUUAUAUCGCAUUGUCAUCAGGGAUAAAACGUACAUAGAAGAUGGUCUUAUAGUGCCUUAUAUGCCUCAAGACACCAUGUGCACAUUCAGUUGGCUCUGAUGACAUCACCCAGUGACCCUUCACCAAGACAUAUCUAACAUAGAAAUAAGAAUAGAGUAAGUUUACGGUUGCAAGAAUUAUUCCAGGAUAUACAUUAGCUGACUCAAAUAUAGAAAUAGUCCCAAACAUAAUGCAUAUAUAUCAGUUCACCUAUCCAGAAUGAAGGUAUAAAGAAGCAGCACUCAAAUAUAUACCUUUCAUUACAUUUAUUAAUGAAAGGUAUAUAUCACUUAUUAGGGCUCUUAGAAGUUAUGCAUACCUUUCAAUAAUAAUUUUUUUUUCACUUAUCAAUAUUGCUGUACUGUGCUAUACACAGUUUUAGUAAGGUGAAUUCACUUAUUUUAUGUAUAUGACCAGGGGUGUAACUAGAAAUUUGUGGGCCCCAUGCAAUAUCCUGAAAGUUCCCCCAUCCCAUGCCAUUGUCACUACAAUGCCCCUUAGGGAAGCAGGAGAGAGAGAGUGAGCAGAGUGAGGGUGGGAUUUACUAAAGGAAAAAUGCGGUAAAACCCUUGUUUUACCGCAUUUUCAUAUGUACUAACUCCCGAUCGCCGCGUUUUCUCACCAUAGGGUAUCGCCAUCUUUUUAUGCCGAUACCCUGUAGAAGUCUAUGGGAUUCUUACUGCCGCCGCCGGAUCCUGCCGCAUCCCGCCGCCACCAAGCACCACUCACGACGACCCCCCCCAUUCCCCUCCGGCACACCUGAGCCGCUGCUGGUGUAGCCCCCUCCUCCUUCUCCCCCGCAUCACAGCCUUGUCUCCUUCCGGCUGCAGGGGGAGGCGGAGGAGCCCGGGGUCUCCCUGCACACGUCACCUCCCGAGUCUGGGAGGUGACGGAGACCCCCGCCGACCCCCACUGACCCUGGCAGACAUCAUCGCUGGGGGCCUCCUAUACCGCAUUGCGAUACUAAUCGCAUAUGUUAGUACAUAUGCGAUUAGUAUCGCUGCGGUAGGCGGCGAGGGGCGGCGAUGUCUUAUAGUACAUCCCGCCCUGAUAGAGAGAGAGAGAGAGAGAGAGAGAGAGAGAGACAAAGACGGUGUCAGGUGCAGAAAGAGAAAGAAAGGAGCAAGACAGAGAGGAAAGGGGGUUCAGAGAGAAAGAGAGAGAAAGAAAGAAAGAGGUGAGAUGGGAGAAAGGGAGGUUAGAGAGAGAGAGAGAGGGAGAGUUAGAGAGAGAGAGAGGGGAGGAGCAAGAGAGAGGGAGGGGAGGGAGCGGGAGUGAGAGUGUAUCAAGGAGGGAGGAAGAGAGAAAGAGAUGGGAGCAAGAGAAAGUGAGAAUGUCAGGGAGAGACAAAAAAGGAGAUAGAGGGUGUCAGGGAGAGAGAGAGAGAGAGAGAGAGAGAGAGAGAGAGAGAGAGAGUGAAAGAGAGAGUGUUCAGGAGAAAAAGACAGUGUCAAGAAGAGAGAGAGAGACACUGUCAAUGAGAGAGAGAGAGACAGUGUCAAGGAAAGAGGAGAAAGAGACAAAGUCAGGGGAGAGGGAGAGAAAAACAAUAUGAGAGAGAGGGAGGGUGUCAGAGAGAAUGGAAAGGAGCAGGAGAGAAAGCAAUGGGAGUGAGCAAGAGUGAGAGAGUGUGUCAGGAAUGAAGGGAGAAAGAGAGGGGAGUGUGAGAGUGUCAGAGAGAGAGACAAAGGGAGAAAGAGAGAGAGUGUUGGGGAGAUAGCAAGACAGACACUGCCAAAGAGAGAGAGAGAGAGAGAGAGAGAGAGACAGUGUUAAAGAGAGACAGUGUCAGGGAGAGAGAGAGUCACUGCAAGAGAGAGAGAGAAAAAGUGUCAUGGAGAGAGAAAUACAUAGUCAGAAAGAAAGAGGGUGUCAGAGAGAGAGGGAGGAUUAGAGAGAGGGGAGCAAGCAGGAUUGAGAGAGUGUAAGAGAGGGAGGGAAAGAAAGAGAGAGGGGAGUAAGGGAGUGUCAGGAAAAAAAAGAUGGAGAGAGAAAGAACAAGAGGGAGAGGGUGUCAGAGAGAGAGAGAGAGAGAGAGAGGGUGUCAGGAGGGGAGAGAGAGAGACACUGCCAGAGUGACCGUGUCAGGGAGAAAGAAACCAUCUCAGGAAGACAGAGGGAGACAAUGUCAGAGAGGUAGAGAGAGAUAUUGUUAUACAGAGAGAGAAACAGUGUCAGGAAGAGAUAGAGAGAGAGAGAGUCAUAGUAUCAGAGAAAGAGAGAGAGACAGUAUCCGAGAGAGAGGGAGAGACAGGGUCAGGGAGAGAGAAAGAGUGUGUCAGGGAGAGAGAAUCUAAGCGUAAGGAAGAGAGAGAUGGAGAUAGAGCGUCAGAGAGAGAGAGAGAGAGAGAGACAUUGAUAGGGAGAGAGACAAUGUCAGGAAGAGAGAUACACUGUCAGAGAGAGAGAGAGUCAGGGAGAGAGUCUGAGUGUCAGGAAGAGAGACAUUGCGACAGAGAAUAUCAGAGCGGGAGAGAGAGAGGAGCAAGAGAGAAAGUGUAAGGUAGAGGGGGGUGAGGGAAAGAGAUGGAGGGAGGGUGGGAGCAGGAUAUAAGCAGUACCUGACUACAGCAGCAGACGUCUCGGAUGUGGGCGGUCACUUUAUGGAAAUACCUAAAUACCUGCAAAUCACACCACUGCUCUGCUCUGCUGUCGGAACUUGAAACCAGCCAGGUAGGGCCCCCAUCCUUGCUACACCCUCCAGAUAGCUGCAUCCUGGGGAGGGGAGCAGUCGGAGGAAGGGGAAGUGGAGCUAUUGCGGGGAAGGGGGGGGGGGGGUCCCGUGGGCAGGGUGCAGGGGGAGCAGCGGGCCCUUGAAGCAGCUAGGGCCCUAUAGCAGCUGCACCCCCUGCAUCCUCUGUAGUUACGCCAUUGUAUAUGACUGACGGACUGCCUAUGUUACUUUCUAAUUUAAGUGGUGCCUUCUAACCAAUCAUAUACAUAUAUGAAAUGUAGAAAAACAUGUAAUUUAUAUAAAUAGACAUACACACACACACACACACACACACACACACACACACACACACUAAUACAAUGCCAUAAAACCUAUAGCUAAAAUUUGCUCACAAGACUGUAAACCAGGGGUGGCCAAACCAGUCCUCAAGAUCUACCAACAGUUCACAUUUUCCAGAUCACCUAGCUGGUGCACAGGUGUAGUCAUUACUAAUUAAGACGUGCUGCAUUCAUUCCUAACUGACAAUUCUACAGGUCUCCAGGAGGCCUGGAAAACAUGAACUGUUGGUAGAUCUCGAGGACCGGUUUGGCCAGCCCUGCUGUAAACCUUUGUAAGGUUGUCUGUAGUGUUGACCUUGUGUGAAGAAGCACAGACUAAUAUUUCCAUACCUCCCAACAUGACCCUCUCCAGGAGGGACAAAAUGUUCUACUUCUGGUCUUUUCUCUUAAUGUAUGAUUGCUGGCACCUGUGUUGAAAAGGUUAAUGGAUAAGAAAGGUGUUUCAGCACAGGUGAUGGCAAUCAUACAUUAAGAGAGAAGUCCAGGAGCAGAGCAUUCUGUCCCUCCUGGAGAGGGUCAUGUUGGGAGGUAUGUAUUUCUGAUAUCUAGAGUAAUUGUAAUGUGCCACUGCAUACAGAUAAUCUAGAAGAGUAACCAUUCAAAGUACUGAUAGUAACAAAAACUGAGUAUGAGUUAGGGUUACGGUUGUUAGAUCGACACAGCUUAGGUCGACACUCAUUAGGUCGACCACUAAAGGUCGACAAUGACAUUAGGUGGACAUGCAUUAGAUCAACAUGGCCGUUAGGUUGACAUGUACUAGGUUGACAGGUCAAAAGGUUGACAUGAGUUUUUCACAUUUUGUUUCCACUUUUUGCAUUUUUUUCAUACUUAACGAUCCACGUGGACUACGAUUGGAAUGGUAAUCUGCCCGAAGCAUGGCGAGCGAAGCGAGCAAUGCGAGGGGACACAGUGCACUCAUUUCUGUUCCCCAUCACUUUACGGAGAAAACGGCACCAAAAACAGUAAAAAACCUCAUCGACCUUUUGACCUGUCGACCUAGUACAUGGCGACAUAACGCCCAUAUCAACCAAAUGCAUGUCGACCUAAUGGCAAUGUUGACCUUCAGCGGUCGACCUAAUGAGUGUUGACCUAAAUUGGGUCGACCCAAUGACCCAUACCCAUGAGUUUCGCUAAACAAACUUUCAAGCAGAUUUACCAAACCUUAUAAAGCUUAAACGAUCUGUGUGGUUCUGUUGUAAUUUUAUAAAACUGUAAGAUGAUUUACGUAAUGGAUAAUUAAAUAUUAUAAUAUACUUGUUUAAA